CUCAAUUCUCCCGACGCUGAUUUGAAAAGCUGUCGACCACGCCGCCGCUGCGCUUUUCUCUCCACCUCCUCGGAUGCCCCUCCAAUGUCCACCGGGUGGCAGAAGCUGAAAUGGGGAGGACGAGACAGCUGUCGAAGCGCAAUGCGAGGUAUCUCGUGUGCUGCGGGAUGGGGCGUCGGAAACCGGGGUGCCACGACAUUCGGAGUGAGCAUCUCUGCAGAUAUCAAUGUUUCCGGGGCCUUGUUUUCCGGAUCAGGUCUUUCCAUACCUUGCUGUGCUUGUGCCUAUCUGUCGCGUUUUUUCUCCACCUUACCGACGACGUCUUCUCGCUUUGUGGCCAUGUGUUGAAGCGUUUGUUUUUCUAUUAUCCUUCGAGCGAUAACCCGGAAGUCGCACAACCUAGACUUCUCUCCUUCCUAGUUCCUACCCACGUACUUGCCUCACUCAGGCUUUGCCUCUACGCGCCUUCCCUUCUCGAACUUCGGACCAUCGGCCCCACCGGCUCGGGCGGCCGCUGACGUAAAGAGCAGGAGAGAUGCUUUCCCGACGGCUUCAACCUCUCGUCUUUCUCUUGUUGAUAUCAUUCUUGUCCCUGUCAGUUUUUGCACAGUAUGAUCCAAUCAAGGAUUUCUGCCGACGCCAUGGACAUCAGUCGGCCGUUGUCGACAAUCGACUGUACAUAGACGGCGGGUUGGUGAAUUGGAAGCCAUUCACCUCGUCGUCUUCAAAUUACACAAAUCCGUUCCUUAUAUUUAGCGAUCUCAGCACUGAGACCAAGGAUAUGCCCACGCUGCAUGCCAACCUUUCCAAAAAUGCGACAGUUCCAAGCGUCAUGGGCGGCAAGUUGUGGGAGGAUUCGGUCAACAAAAGAUUGUACUUGUACGGCGGCGAAACCUACCAGGCACCCCCAACCAACUUUCUCCUCUACGCCUAUGACAUUCUUAAGGACAAGUGGGAUUCUUUCGGCCCGCCAACUGGAACGGCAGCUAUUAUCCCAACGAGCUUUGGAGCCGGUGUAUCGAUCCCGGCACGAGGAGAGGCGUAUUAUUAUGGCGGCUUUCAUAACAAUGGCUCCGUACCGGGCUGGACAGGGCCGCCGCGUGCAUCUAACAGACUGAUCAAGUACGACAUGGACAGCAACGCAUGGAGCAAUGUGACCGGCCCUGAUGACGUGAGAAGGGCCGAAGGCGAGAUGGUCUUUCUUCCCGUUGGUGACGCCGGCAUGCUUGUCUAUUUUGGUGGUAGUCAAGACUUGUACGGGAAUGGGACCUUGACACCCGAGCCUUUGGACACCAUCUUUCUCUACGACCUUGCUAACUCGAAAUGGUAUGCGCAAAAGGCAACUGGAAGGAUACCAGAGAGUCGACGUCGAUUCUGUGGAGGUGCUACCUGGGCUCAAGAUCAGUCCAGUUACAACAUCUACAUUUAUGGCGGUUCCGGCUUCCCUCCAAGCACGGCAGGAUUCGAUGACAUCUACGUCCUAACCAUCCCGAGUUUCCAGUGGAUCAGGGGUCCAUAUCCAAAGGACAGCAACGUCACUGGUCCGUUUCCAAAGAACAUGAUGAGCUGCAAUGUUGUCAAUAAUGCUCAGAUGGUCAUUAUCGGCGGCUCGAACUCCAACGCAACAGGUUACGAAUGUGACGUAGACACGGUCGGGGGGCAGCACAACAUGAAUCUUGGUGAGGAGAACCCAGAGAAUGCCAUUUGGGCAAGAUACCAACCAAAGCUUACGACAUAUGCCGUGCCUACUUUCAUCAUGUCGGCCGUGGGUGGCCGUAACACCGGAGGAGCUAGGGUUCUCACACCGUCCGGCGGCUUCAACGCGCCAGAUCUCUCGGUGUUGAUGACCAGGAAAGCCGUCGUAUCAACUCGAACACCUACACGAGACGUCAGUCCUGCCACUUCCUCGCCUGCCCCGACCGGAGAAGGCGAAUCCGCACCACCGUUGAGCCCCGGAGCCAUUGCAGGGAUUGCCGUCGGAGGCGCCGUGGUUCUCAUCGCCCUUCUCGCCGGCUGCUGCUGUUUCAUCCGUUAUCGCCAAAAGCACUACAAGGGACCUCGCCAGCCAAACCAAGCCAUCCCGCCUCACGGCUGGGGACCAUCCGGGCCCCUCACGCCCGCAUCUCCAGCCGUCACGCAAAUUUCCUACGCCCGCACCGUUCCGACCCAACCGCAGUCGCCGGUGAUGCUCCCAUCGGUCCCGGUAUACCCCCCAGCAGAACUCGGCGCAAAUGACAAUGCCCAUUAUCGGACAGCGAGAACAAGCCCAGCGAGUAUGGCAGCGAAGCACGACAGCUCACCCUGGGGUACGCACGCGUCAACGCCGCAGACAUUGGAGCCACCAACUCCGGCAAGCGGGCCUUAUCCGGCACGAUCCCCGUCGUACACGGAGCGGGAUCCGAGAGAUGUGCAACCGGGUGCUCCGUACUGGUCUACGACUCCGCCACAGGUACAGCAACCGCAGUUUCGACCAACGCAGGACGCUCAAGGUGGGAACGCGUGGUUGGGUGUUCAGCAGACAUGGCACAGGCCAGGAUCAUCUCAUUGAGAACCGAGUGUCGUGAUAUAUCUAAGAAGAGAAAGGGAGGUGUUAUGUUUCAUGAUGUCGUGCAUGACUUUGGGUAUAUGGGUUUCUUGGUUUGGAUUUCACACAUUUUAUCCUCAUCUUGACCCGGAGGUAUAGGGUGAAUGCUGUAUAGUAGUAGCACAUAUGGCUUUUUAUCAAUGGAGAGACGGUUGAUGAUUCACCAU